AUGAAGAGAUUUUUCUCUCCUAUAUCCUCCAAGUUGCCACAAUCAAGUUCAUCCGCUCAAAAUGCUCCUCGGGUGGAAGAAAACUUGAACCAAUUAGAAGAAACUCAUCAUUCCGCUAAAAGAUUGAAACAAGGGGUAGAUUUGGAUUCUUUACCGGCUGAUCCAAAGAAAAGAAUACCCAUUCGAGACUAUCAUCCUGAUGAACGUGAUGAGAUUAGACGAGCAUAUAUCCAAAGAGGUCCUCAUCAACCUCGAAGUCGCGAGUUUUCUCAAAGUGAUAUUUCUGGAUUAAAACACAGUUUUAAUCGCAAAUGGUUUAAAAAAUAUCAUGAUUGGUUGGAGUAUAGUGUGACUGAAGAUGCAGCUUAUUGUUUGUGUUGUUAUUUAUUUCAAGAUGAAAGCAUUCAUCAAGGUGGAGGUGAAACAUUUUCAAGUAUAAGGUUCAGGAGUUGGCACAAAAAGAAAAGAUUAGAUACGCAUAUUGCCGCAUUUGUUAAGCUAUCAAAUCAAACCAAGCUUGAGCACAAAAUUCGCUUAAAGGCUUCAAUUGAAGUGGCGAGACUUCUCUUGAAUCAAGGAUUGGCAUUUCGUGUACAUCGUGAAGAUGAAUCAUCGCUAAACAAAGGUAACUUUCUUGAAAUUCUUUCAUGGUAUGCGAAGCGGUGUGAUAAAAUUGGUGAACUUGUGUUGAAAAAGGCUCCAAAAAAUGACCAAAUGACUUCUCAUAAAAUUCAAAAAGAUAUAGUCAUUGCAUGUAAGCUUGAAACAAUUAAAGCUAUUAUGGAGGAUCUAAACGGUGACUAUUUUUCAUUGUUAGUUGAUGAAUCUUGUGAUAUAUCACGUAAGGAGCAAAUGGCAAUUGUUUUGCGUUAUGUUGAUAGAAAGGGGUCUGUGGUGGAACGGUUCAUAGGAAUUAUUCAUGCUCAUGAUACUAGUGUUUUAUGUUUGAAAGAAGCUAUUAUUAACUAUCUUGCGCAACAUUCUUUGAGUUUAUCUUUUAUACGAGGGAAAUGCUAUGAUGGAGCUAGCAAUAUGCAAGGGAGUUUAAGUGGCCUUAAAGUUUUGAUUCAACAAGAAAGUAAAUCAGCUCAUGCAAUUCAUUGUUUUGCUCACCAACUUCAGUUAACUCUUGUUGGGGUAUCUAAAAAAUGCCUUCAAGUUGGAGAACUUGUAUUGCUGGUUUCUAAUGUCUUAAAUGUAGUGGGAGGUUCUUUUAAACGUAUGGAUGAACUUCAAGAAUCUCAAGCAAAAAAAGUUCAAGUGGCACUUGAUAUGGGUGAGGUUGAAAGUGGUAAGGGAUUGAAUCAAGAACUUGGUCUUGCUAGAGCUGCCAAUACUCGGUGGGGUUCACAUUACAAAUCUUUUAAGAACUUCAUUAGUAUGUUUGGCUCUAUUACUAAUGUUCUUGAUACUAUUGUUGUUGAUUCUGAAUCUGUUGAAGAAAAAGCUAAGGCAACCAGAUAUCUUAAAGUUUGUCAAACAUUUGAGAUUGCUUUCUUAUUACAUUUAAUGAGAGAUAUUUUAGUGAUCACAAAUGAGCUUAAUGAGUCUUUACAAAAGAAAGAACAAGAUAUUGCAAAUGCCAUUCUACUUGUUAAAGUGGUGAAGAAACGAUUGCAAGAUUUAAGGAAUGAAGGAUGGGAUUCACUUGUCGAGAAUGUGUCUGCAUUUUGUGUCAAGUAUGAUAUUUUGAUACCUAAUUUUGAAGAGUUCUAUGUUAAUUUUGGAAGAUCUCGACGUAAAGUUGCUGAGUAUACUAUUUCACAUCACUAUCGUGUGGAAGUAUUUUUUAAGAUUAUUGAUUGGCAGCUUCAAGAACUCAAUGAUUGUUUUAAUGAGGUUAGAACAGAUUUUCUUAUUGGAGUUGCUUGCUUAAAUCCAGUUGACUCAUUUUCUAGUUUUGACAUCAAGAACGUAUUGAGAAUGGUUGAAUUAUAUCCUGAUGAUUUUGGUGAAAAUGUAAUGGUUACUCUUAGGAAUCAGCUAGAGACUUAUAUAGUUGAUGUUGAUAAAAGGUUCUCCAACUUAAAAGGGCUUGGCAAUCUUUCUGAAAUGCUAGUUAAGGUAAAGAAGCAUUUAAAUUAUCCUCUUGUGUUUCGCCUUAUAAAAUUUGCGUUGCUCCUGCCGGUUGCUACUGCUACAGUUGAAAGAGCUUUCCCGGCAAUGAAGUUGAUCAAGAGUGAAUUGCGAAAUCGAAUGGAUGAUGAUUUUCUGAGUAGUUGUAUGGUGCCUUAUGUAGAGAAAAGAAUAUUUAAUACUAUUUCUGAUGAGAGUAUUAUGAAUAGGUUUCAAGAAAUGAAAACUCGUAGAAUAGAAUUGUAA